AUGAAUUCGGAGUUCGUUAAGUCGAGGACUAGGACGGAUUUUGCGAAGGAUCAAACUCAGUUAACAUCUAAACGCUCCUCAUUAUGUCGGUCAAGAAAAGUGUUGCCCAGUAAAAAGUUAUCGAGACAAACCCCACUUCUUUAUUCGCGAGGGAUAUUCAGAAUCAAGAGGUCUGACGAACACCAAAAUUUAAAAGGAGAGGUGGAUGGAGUCAGUAAAAAUGAUAAUAUAAAGAACGUAUUCCAGGUCUUGAAGUCAGACAAAAAUAACUAUUCACUUGAGUCUGGUGAUCAUAGCGUGAAUGAAAAAGAGGAUGUUGAUGAAGACAGAAAUAAGAAAUAUGUGGAGGAGGAAUCAAGUUCUUGUUCAACAGAUGACGAGCUCGAAAACACAAACGCAAAGAGCACGAGGAAAAAUGCGUCAGAGUCCACAGAAUACCUGAGAAAAACAGAAAAUUAUGAACUACCAAACAUACGGAAAACCAUUGUUCGUCUUCAAGAGAAGGAGAUUUUACAAAGAACGCAAGCAAUAGAAGCGGAAUUUUAUGAACGUUUGAUUGAACUUAGAAAAGAAAAUGAAACUGAAGUAGCAAAAAUUAUGAAUCGUAAAAAUGCUGAAUUAAUUGCUGUACAAAAAGCUGCUGAAACGAAACAAUGUGAACUUCGUCAAGCAAUAGAUAAACUAGAAAAUCAAUUAUCUGAUACAGUCAACAAUGCUGAUCAAAUUAAACGUAGCUCUGAAGAGAAAAUGAAUCAAUUACAGUCAGUAAUGAAUAAACAAUUUGAAAAUCUAUUGAAACAGUCUAAUGAACAACGUGAAUUUCUUAUACAAGAACAUGAGAAAACAUUGAAAGAUUUACAAAAUAAAAAUGAAUCUACUUUUAAAGAACUGGAAAUAAAUAAAUCCUUUGUUAUAGAACUAGAAUCAAAAAUGGAAUUACAGCACAAUCAAAUUAAAAGUUUAAAAGGACAAUUAACAAAUGUCAUGACAGAAAGAAAUGAGCUAGAAGAAUCAUUAAAAGUUAAAACAGAAAAAGAGAAAGAAACAUUGAAAAAUCUAAAACAACUUCAAUGUGAUUUGAAUGAAUUAACCGAUAGAUAUAAAACAUUAGAAUCAAAGUAUAACAUGUGUCUUGAAGAUUAUAACAAAGAAUUAAAACAAAUUCGUUCAGAUCACGCUAAGCGUAUAUGUGCAAUGGAAUUAGAACGAACAAAUAAUGAAAAACAAUAUGAAACUAACCUGGGAAAAAUUAAAGAUGAGUUUAAUACAAAACUGGAAGAGAGUCGUUUGUCGUAUGAACGUCAGCUAGUUACAGAAGUUAAGGAAGCUGAAACACGCGGUUAUGAAAAAUGUUUAUUAAUUAAAAGUAAUGAGAUUACAGCUUUACAAAAAACUAUUAAAGAAACCAAGGAAUUAAAUUCAAAUGAUGAAAUUAAAUAUCAAGAAAUAAUUAGCCAAUUAAAAUGUGAAAUAACUAAAUUAAAUAAAAGUAUUGAAAAAUUAAAAAAUAUCUAUGAAUUAAAAGAGAAUAAUUUUUUAACAAUCAUAACAAAAUUACAAAAAAAACAAUUAAAUGAUACAUUGAAUAAAACAAAUUCUAUUCAAACAUAUUUUACCAAUGAAUUCAAUGAAAAAUUAUUAAAUUCUAUUAUACAAUGGAAAAAACAACAAUUAAAUGAAAUUAUAUUAUUAAUUAAACAAAAAGAAUUUAAUCAGCUAGAAAUAAUAUUUAAAGAAAAAGAAAAUAUUAUACGUAAUGAAUUAUUAUUAAAAAUUGAAAAUAUUCAAAAUGAAAAAAAUCAAAUUAUUGAAACAUUGACUAAUGCAUUAAAUUUAUCCAAAUUAGAUAUUGUAAAACUUGAAACUGAACUUAAAGAAGCUAGACGUAUAGCAAUGACAGAAGUGGAAUUAAGACGUGAACAAUUAUCAGAAAUAAGUUUAGCACGUGAAUUAGAACGUAAAGAAUUAAUUAGUAAACAUGAAAAUAAUUUAAAUGAAGAACAGUGUAAGAAUCAAGAAACGAUUUUGAGAUUACAAGAACAACAUGCUGAAGAAUUAAAAACAAUAACUUAUCAGGCUAAUGAAAAAUUGUUAGGAAUAGAAAAAGAAUAUAAAACUCGCUUAACGGAAGCAAAUAAACGACUGAAUGAAAGUCAAAAGAAAAUAAUUAAUUUAGACAUGAUAUUACAGAAAGCUUUACAAGAAAAAAGAAACACACAAGAAACAUUAUCUGAAUCAUUUCAAAGUGAAAUUGAACAAAUGAAGAAUAAGCAAAAGCAAGAAGUAUUGAUCUUGAAGGAGGCUAUAUCAAAAGAGCGCAAUAGAGCACGUUUAGCAGAGAUUUCUCUUCGUCAGCAAGAAAAGGCGUGGAACGAUAUGAAGACUCGCUGGCAUGAAGAACGUAUAGCACAAUUAGGAAAUUCAUUACCAAUUGAAUCCCGUACUCAUAUGGAGGCAACUAUUGAGGCAUUACGUCUUCAGGUUAAUCUACUGAAAAAGCGAAUAACCGUAAUGGAAGAAGAUCGGGAGACAAACAUCACUUACCCACUAAAGUUACAAUUCAGUGACCAAGACGUAUCAUUACUCAGUGAAGACUCAGUACAAAAUGAAUCUCCAGUAAAAGAUCAACCUGAAGCAAACGAAGACAAUUUAGAAAAAUGUAAAGUGAACAACAAUUCACUUCCUUUAGGAGAUAACUCACGACGGAGAAUUGCGGCUGAGUGUACAAAUUUACAGACUAAUCUAGACGCAUAUCUUUACGAAGCUACUUGUUCGGAAGAUUGGUUAUUGAGCGGACACUGACAGACUAUCAUGCUCUAGGUUUUACAAGUUAUUAUUUAUGCUUUUAAAACAACAAUUGUGUAGCAGAUUUGUCUGAGAAAUAUUUU